AUACCAGGCCCUCAGAGAGGGAAAACGAAAAGGGAGAAACAAGUGGCACCAAAAGGGAAGGAGGUAUCUGUAAAGGAAGGAAGCUGCAGGAGAGCCUGAAGGAAAGGAAAAGCAGAGCUAAGGAGCAAUUGCCUGAACACAGAGGAGCGUCUGUUCACUGUCAGUAUUAUCUCUCGCUGCAUCCUGUGAUGGAUGUACUAUUUGGCAAAGAUAAGAAAGAACAACUAGAGCCUGUGACAGCCAAAGUGACAGGCAAGAUUCCAGCGUGGCUACAGGGAACCCUGCUUCGCAACGGGCCUGGGAAGCACACGGUCGGGGAGACCAGAUACAACCAUUGGUUUGAUGGGCUCGCCUUGCUCCACAGCUUCACAAUUAGAGACGGUGAAGUCCAUUACAGGAGCAGAUACUUGAGAAGUGACACCUAUAACGCCAAUGUCAAGGCAAACAGGAUUGUGGUGUCAGAGUUUGGAACAAUGGCCUAUCCAGACCCCUCCAAAAACAUAUUUUCCAGAGCCUUCUCCUACCUGUCCCACACUAUCCCCGAUUUCACAGACAACUGCUUGAUUAACAUCAUGAGGUGUGGAGAAGACUUCUAUGCCACCACAGAGACCAAUUACAUCCGAAAAAUCAACCCACAGACCCUGGAAACUCUGGAAAAGGUUGAUUAUCGUAAAUAUGUGACUGUAAAUUUGGCAACGGCUCAUCCUCAUUACGAUGCAGCUGGAAAUGUCUUCAACAUAGGCACAGCCAUUGUGGACAAGGGCAAGACCAGAUACGUGGUUUUUAAGAUCCCGGCUGCAGUCCCAGAGGGUGGGAUGAAGACGAAGAGUCCCUUGGAGCACGUGGAGGUGCUCUGCUCCAUUGCCUCCCGCUCCCUCUUCUCCCCGAGCUAUUACCACAGCUUCGGCAUCACCGAGAACUACAUCGUUUUCCUGGAGCAGCCUUUCAAGAUGGAUAUUCUCAAAAUGGCGACUGCGUACAUCCGGGGAGUGAGCUGGGGUUCCUGCCUGACUUUCCACAAGGAGGAUGUGACUUACAUUCACAUAAUCGACCAAAGGACCGGGAAGCCCCUGCCCACCAAGUUUUACACGGACCCUAUGGUGGUCUUUCAUCAUGUCAACGCCUACGAAGAGGACGGCUGCCUCCUGUUUGACGUUAUCGCCUAUAAGGACAGCAGCCUCUACCAGAAUUUCAACUUGGCCAACCUGAACCAAGAUUUUGAAGAGAACUGUAAGGUCACCUCCAUCCCCACCCUCAAGAGGUUCGCCGUGCCCCUCUGCAUGGACAAGAACGCAGAAGUGGGCUCCAAUUUAAUCAAACUGGCAUCUACAACAGCAAGAGCCCUGAAGGAAAAGGAUGACCAAGUCUACUGCCAGCCAGAGUUGCUUUAUGAAGGCUUAGAGCUGCCUGGGAUCAAUUACGCUCACAACGGGAAGCCAUAUCGAUACGUCUAUGCUGCUCAAGUUCAGUGGAGUCCCAUCCCAACCAAGGUACUGAAAUAUGACAUUGUCACGAAGUCAUCCUUAACCUGGAGCGAGGAGCACUGCUGGCCAGCGGAACCCCUGUUUGUGCCCACACCAGGUGCCAAAGAUGAGGAUGAUGGACUUAUCUUAUCAGCCAUUGUCACUUCUGAUCCCCAAAAGCCGCCUUUUCUGCUUAUUCUGGAUGCCAAAAGUUUUACAGAACUGGCUCGCGCGUAUGUUGAUGUAGAGAUGCACCUGGAUCUCCACGGGUUAUUCAUCCCAGAUGCAGACGUGGACUCGAGGAAGCAGGUCCCUUCCCAGGAAGUCUAGGACAAGGCUUCAGACUGCCACGUGCCCUCACGCAUCUGACGGGCUCGAGGCCCUGAGGAAAACAGCCCCACUGGUAGGCUCCCGCAGGACCCAAGAUUUCAUCCCUGCCUGGGUGGAGUGGAGGGGUUUCCUUUCAUUUCGUGUUUAUUCUUUUGGUGUUUGCUUUGAGACCAAGGUAUGGAGACAGAGUUUAUCAGUAUCUUUUCUUUCCUUUUAUUUUGGCCAUAAAAACCUUGUUUGGAAGUCAAAUACUUAUUGAUCAGCUCUCGCACUUCUAAGAAAGCCCCUUUCCAUCACCAUGAAUGAGGAAUUGUAUUGUCACAUAUCCAUUGUUCUUAGAAUGACCCACCACUGACACAUUAAAGAAGAGACCGAUAAAUACUUACCAUUGCUCCGUCCUCUCCCCGCUUCAGUCCCUUCCCUUUCUCCCUUCUUUCCAGUGGCUUAGGUUGUGCAUCUCAGAGUUCUAGCUUUCUCAAUCAUGCCGUUAGUAGAUUAUGUGGCCGGGAAGGCAUGUCGCUUUGUCGUCAUUCCAUGCAAGGCAUGACAUAAUGUAAAAUAAUAAAAACUUGAAAGUCUGUUCAGACCUUA